ACUAAUACAGCAAAGCCAAAAAACGUGAUUAUGAUGAUUAGCGAUGGACUUGGACCAGCUUCAGUUUCAUUUGCAAGAAGUUAUUAUCAAUUUAUAAAUAAUAAGCCAUAUGAUUAUCAAUUACCUUUAGAUACAAUUCAUGUGGGUCAAUCAAGAACACGAAGUUCUUCUACUUUGGUAACAGAUAGUGCUGCUGGUGCAACUGCAUUUAGUUGUAAUUUAAAAACAUAUAACGGUGCAAUUGGAGUUGACCCUAGUCAUUUGCCUUGUGGUACUGUCCUUGAAUCAGCGAAACAUAGUCGAGGUAUGUUGACAGGUCUUGUAGCCACCUCUCGAAUUACACACGCUACACCUGCUUCAUUCUCGGCUCAUGUAGAGAAUAGGGAUGAUGAAAAUUCAAUCGCCAAACAACAGAUUGGAGAUAAUCCUUUAGGCAGAAGUGUUGAUUUAAUGUUUGGUGGUGGUUAUUGUUAUUUUUUACCUAAAUCAAAGAAAGGAAGUUGCAGAUCAGAUUCUAGAGAUUUAUUAAAAGAAGCACAAUCAAAGUAUGAUUGGAAGACUGUUCUCUAUAAUCAAAGUAGAGAAGAAUUUGAUAAUUUGCCUAUAAAUGAAACUGUUUUGCCUAUUAUUCAAUUAUUCACUUCUGAUCAUAUGUCUUAUGAAAUUGAUAGAGAUCCAAGGAUAGAACCAAGUUUAAGUGAAAUGUCUAAAAAGGCUCUUGAUAUUCUGUAUGAUGCUGUUGAGAAUAAAGAAACUGGAUUCUUUUUAAUGAUUGAAGGUAGUCGAAUUGAUAUGGCUGCUCAUUCAAAUGAUGCAGCUGCACAUGUGCAUGAGAUUUUAGAAUAUCAAAAUACAGUUGAAUUAGUCAAAAAAUAUGUUGAUGAACACCCUGAUACAGUUAUGAUAUCAACUAGUGAUCAUGAAACAGGUGGUUUAUCCUUAGCUAGACAAACAUCAAAGAAAUACCCUGAAUAUCUCUGGUAUCCUGAUGUACUAACAAAAGUUAAAAGUUCAACAUACAAUUUAGCUAAAAUGAUAAAAUCUCAAAAGACACUCACGGAGGACUAUAUUAUGAGUACAAUUUUUAAAGACCAUCUUGGUAUUAUUGAUGGUACGAAUGCAGAAAUAAUAGAACUCAUGAAAACUUCUACUUCUACAAAAUAUAUCACUCAAUUUUUGGCUGAUAUGAUUUCAAUUCGUGCUCAAUUAGGAUGGGCAACGCAUGGACACAGUGGUGUAGAUGUUAAUCUAUAUGCAUAUGGUCAAGGCUCAAACCAUUUAUUUGGCAGUCAUGAAAAUAUUCAAAUUGGUGAAUUUAUUACCAAGAUACUUGAUUUAAAUUUGACAGAAAUUUCAAUUAAAUUAAAUCAUGAAAAUCCUUCUUUUCAUUUGACAAAUUUGACAGACACAGACAAGCUAAAAUAUAAUGAAGAUUUGGAGCAUUAUCAUUUUGUACCGUCCCAUUUAAAACAUAUACCAUUUUUUUCAAAAUAGAUUUCUUUUUUUUUUCGAAAAUAAUAUUAAAACUUGUAAUAUUAAAGUAAACAACUUAACAGUACUUCUUUUCUUUAAAGCUAUAAAUAAAAUACAAUGAUAUAUUUAAUUUUUUUUUUUAAAAAAAUGAUUUUAUAAAAGACUUUUUGCUAUGUAUGAUGACAAAAUGAAAUACAAUCCGAGAACGAAAAAAAGUAAAAAGAAUAAAAAAUAAAAA